UUUUGCAGAGAGGAAGCGUAUUUUAGUGAAGAUUUUAUGCGGUUCAAGCUCCGCGGUCCACUUUGUGGGCCCGUGGUAUUAGUGCUUUUGUGUGCAAUUUUGAAUUUGCUGUGGGCAAGCACGCAUUGGGUUUUGACCGACGAUGGACGAGUUGUGGCUCAGGUUGAUUCCGCGUUUCAUUUGAAACGUCCGCAUGACUUUGUUACCUUUAUGCGCCAGGAGCAACUUGUUGGUGCAAUUGCUUCCUUGGAAAAGAACCUUCUCGAGGAACCGGUGGAAGGGAAGAAAUUGGUGGAUGGAACCGAAAUGAACGUAGAAGAUGAGGACGUUGAGGCGCGUAUUUUUUCAACGGACCCGGAUUGUCGUGCAACCGGGUCUUUAUUCACAGAGAUGGAUUUGUAUCCAUCGUUAGUGCCUUAUCUAUGGCCUUUUGCGAGAAGCUCGGAUCACAGUGAUAUUUACAUUGGUUCACUUUUUGACGGAAAACUGGCGGAAAUCAAAAAACUUGAACCGGACUGUCGGCAACCUAGAAUUAUGCACGUUUCUACUUUCGAUCACUUGCAGGGCGUGCAGUUGAGUUUCCGCAAUCCUGAAGCUCUGCAGAUUCGCACGGACGAAGAAUUGUCGCAGGCUCUGGGUCCGCGAUAUUUUCCUAAAAUUAACGGGUCUCUGGCUGCAGCACGAGUUCACCUCAAUGCUUCGGAUUGGGACGCGUACAACUGGGCCGCGGUUUACUGGCGUGUUGUGGGCAACGCCAGCGAAUCUCUCGAGUGCGCGAGAAAAGCCGUUCACUACUCUCCUCGUUCUCAAAAGGAUGUGGCCCUGAACCUGAUGGGAAUGUCUCUUCACUACGCCCGGUUGUCAGAUGACGCUUUGGUAGUUCUGGAGGCGGCGCUUGAUCACGUUCUGCCAUUGGUGGAAGCUCAGCCGAAGUCGGAGGAACUUCGGAGGCGAACUCAGGUUUCUGCUGUGGCUGUUGGCGUCGUUGCCGCGUUAGUCGAACGAUACAACAGAUCUGCAGAAGCGUUUGACAUAGCUUCAGAGUAUACUCAAGAUAAACAUUCAAGAGAAGCGUCGCCCAUUCGAGAUUUUCCUCACGCCAUACGCUGCUAUCAGAAAAUGGAACGGGCUUUGAAGGAGCAGAAAGACGUUUUACAGAAAACCCUGGACGAUUUGAAAGAACAACGAGUGAGGUACAAGACGUUGUUGGAGUACAGAGAGGUUGUGCUGCAAGAGCAAGCUACGCCGGAAUCCAUUUUAGAAUCUCGUCUGGUUUACGAGGAGCAUCGAAUACGGAAGAAUGUUGAUGGGAAAGGUCAUGACUGCUUUCAGUAUCAUAGCCAAGGACAAGUGUUUCUCAGCUGCAACGUUCGUCGGAAGACGUUCUACAUCGACGGAGAAGAAAUCUCAGCAUUUGUCUCGGACGACUCGUUGACUCCAACCGGGAUCCACAGUGCACUUGACGAACUCGAGUGGCUCCGAGCCAACGUGGAUAAAAACCUUAAGAAGCAGUCGGAUCCCUCCAAGAGAAUGCUGCCGAUUUUGAUUGAGCAGCCAAAGGCGAAAAACACGGUGGCCGAAGCGUUUGAUGCCGAGUUCAUCAAGAUCAAUCAUAGUGAGGGUGAUGCUGACGUUGUGGCUGAGAGACGAGCGAGAAUGAAUUUGCCGAUAGACACGGAAUGUUCGUUGUAUAACGGACAGCCUGCGCCUCAUUGGCGAGAUCCUGUUGGAGUUUUUGCUUUGGGGCAGGAUAAAGGCUUCAACCUCUCAACCUACUUCGAGGACAUCCUGCUGACAAACACAGAGAAAGAUAUGCCUCUUCCUUGGAUGCCGCCAUUGUGCAAUGAAUUUAAGCCCGACGAAAAGAUUCCUUUCUCGACGGUGCAGUCUGUUUCUGACCUGGCGAAAUAUACUCAGUUGAUCGAAGACAUUCCUGAAUUGAGGAAGCAGCUGCUUGCCUUAGCAGGGCCAUCGAAGUCCAUUUAUGAACUUGGGCACCGAAUCGAGGAAACCAUGAUGAUCGCAGAAAAUACACGAAGCCGUCCGGUGUGGCCAGUGUACAACGCGGCGGGCUUGUACUGGCGGCUCGAGGGGAAGCCGAACGAGGCCAUGGUCUGCUUCCUGAGGGCCUUCAGGGCCGCCGAUGAGGAGGACGGGCCCAACACCGAAACCCACGUCAUUUACCGCUCUGUCCCCGUGUUGAACCUUGCCGCUGUCGUGCACAAGUUGGGCAACGUGGACGACGCCAUUAAACUGCUCAAAUACGUGCAUUCCGUGGACCCGAAAAACGUAGCAGCCAAUGUCCUGCUUGGUAAAUUGCUGGUGGGCACGGGGAACUGGUCCGGAGGGAUUAUGCAUUUGCGUGAGGCCGUGUUGAUGAACCCGGUCGACAAUGAAAUUUGGCAGUCGUUUGUGUCGACGUAUUGUCGCUACGGGAAUGCCGUUAAACUCACGGCGCCUCCAGAGGAAACCACGAACGUCGGAUUCACGAAAGCUUCGUGUUCCUCCUUUGAAACUAAGAUGAGUAGCUGUGAAGAAUUGGAGCCAAUCACGGUAUCGUUUGCGAGAAUCUUUUCGUCUUGCAAACCCGGGGAAAAUUCGCCCUUGUGCGACGCUCAGCAACCACCGCGAAUCACAGGGAAGUCUUUUGAGAAUAGCGUGGAUUGGCUCAGAAUGCCGUGUCGCCUCCUGAACGACGAGUCUUCGAGAGAGACGAUUUUGUGCGCGCUUGUGGAUCCCAAGUUGCCGCAGCAUCCCUGUGGUGUCGCCAUCUCGUGUUUUGCCGCCGCGAAAAAGCCCAAUGGCGAAUGGGAUUUCGGUGCGAUGCCGGGCCAAUUAGGAAGCCUGUUUUCGUCGAGCAGUAAACUGCAAGCUUGCAGUGUGGCCCACAGUCCGAAAAUCCUGCGGGAAAUUUCUGCAGCACAUAAUUUGUGGACCAAGCGAGGCAACCUUCAGUUCGCAGCUGUUGGUCCAGUUCCGACACCAAUGCUUAAACAGAUUAUUGCGGACGAGGUGCAAGGAUACGAUGACCCUGAAGACGCAUCAUUGGAGAGCCUUGAUCAAUGCGAGACUGUCGAAACAAGUGACUUUUUGGAUGACGCGGUUCCCGAGUUGCUGCUGUCCAGACCUGCGAUGGCGCGUUUGCGUGGGGAAAAAGAGCCGUUACCCCGUGUUGCAUUGAAUCCCCUGGAUUGUGAUACUCCAGCCAUGCAAAUUGACCAUCCGAAAUCCAUGCUUCAUGGUCAGAAUGCGUUUGUCUCCACGUGGCUCAGUGCACGUGACAAAGAAAUUGAUUUCAAGGACCAUAUCCCCAGGCCGGAAGAAAUUGUCGAUGCUUCCCCGGAGCACCCGACGUGUGAUCCAGAUUUUCUGGUAUCCAUGUUAACCUUGGACCAUUUAUCUGGCGUAAGGCACAGAAAUCUUCUGAAACAGCCGCAAGAGUUGGGGUUGUCUGAAGCUUUGUUGAAUAUUGGAGCCGCCAAUGGGGAGUCUUCGCAAGAGUCUGCGUGGAUUGAGAAUUACUCGAGUAACAACAGAGGUGUCGAGGCUGAAGUGUCCUCCGUGGGACGUCGAAUUGCCGCGGCUCUUCAUAAGGAUCCACAUUCAUGGAUCGUUACAACAAUCGCUUCGCUUUACUGGCGAGUCGUUGGAGAUGCGCCGAAAGCAGUGAACUGCUUGCGGAUCUCUCUUCAUCACGCCCCCUGGCGAUUCCGAGACAUGCCGCUCAUAUCCUUGGCCAAUGUCCUGCAUCGGUCAAACCUGCACAACGAUUCCCUCAUUGUUGCCAAUAUGGCGUUGGGUGUGUCGCCCUCGUCGGUGCCCAUUCACUUCACGAUGGCGAAUAUUUAUGUUCAAAUGAAAGCGUACAACCUGGCUUUCGACUUUUACAAGUCUUCUUGGGCGCUCCAAAAAUCGUUGGAUGUAGCGCAAGAACGAAUGAAGGCCAUUUUAUGCCACCAGUUUCGUGAUGAAAACCUGUCCGACGAGGCAGUUCUCAUCGCCCCAGGGAGGUGA